GCAAACUUUGACCGUGAGGGGGGGCUGUUGAUCCGUUUCCUAUUUCACCUUCCUCACAGAAGAAGCGGUCACGCUGUCAUCUGUCACCGUUACCCGAGCUCUGGAAAAAGGGUCUUUAAAAUGAAGAUCUGGACAUCAGAACACAUAUUCAACCACCCUUGGGAGACGGUGACGAAGGCGGCCAUGCAGAAGUACCCGAACCCCAUGAACCCAGGCGUGGUGGGCGUGGAUGUGCUGGACCGUGGUGUGGACACCCAGGGACGGCUCCACAGCAGGAGGCUGCUCAGUACGGAGUGGGGUCUGCCGUCCAUGGCCAACACUCUCAUUGGGAUGACCAGAACAUGCACGUACGUCCAUGAGCACUCGGUGGUGGACCCCAAGGAGAAGACCUUCGAGCUCAAGUCUUCUAAUAUCUCCUUCACUAACAUGGUGUCUGUGGACGAGAAGCUGACUUACAGACCUCACCCACAGGACCCGGACAAGACGGUGCUGACACAGGAAGCAUUGAUCACUGUUAAAGGGUUCAGUCUGAGUAGCUACCUGGAAGGCCUCAUGGCCAAUACAAUCUCUACUAACGCUGGAAAAGGGCGUGAGGCGAUGGAGUGGGUCAUUAGGCGGUUAAACGCUGAGAUUGAGGAGCUGGCUGUCGCCGCACGUGGCACGUUGCGUGCUCCCAUGGCGGCAGCCGUCGCUGAGAAGUGAUAGCACGCCAUUUUGAAUGAAACUGAACAUUAUCCCCCCAGAGGGGUGACCACCUCAAUGCCAGAGCAUCCACAUCCUGUUUCAACCCACUGCUCUUCCUGUGUGUCACUCCUCCUUCCCUCAGCCACCUCACAUCAGUAGAGACCAGCUGAUGAUAUAACACUGGGUUGAACAGGGUUGCACUUGAGUCUUGUGGGACGCGUAGUCUUUUAAUAUUUUGAAUUCACAUAGUGCCUCUUGUAUGUCGCCAGGCUUUUCCUCUUCCGUUUUCUCUUAUCAUAGUGACAGUUUGUAGAGUCAAACUGACAAAAAUGCAAGUAAGGCCACAAGUAAGGCUACUUUACAUACAUCCUCUUUCAAAGACUACACACUUAUUGAGAGUAUUGCUACUCUGCUUCAUUUUCAGGAUUGUGCGAACUGGAAUUUCAUGUAAGUUCGCUUAUUGUUAAAACUUAUUGUUUUCAAAUAUAUUUUAUUUACAUAACAGUAAGGUGACGAUUUACACCACGGGUUGUUUUCAGAAUCCAUCGUCAUUGCAGUUGGUUCAGUAUAGUACAUUGUGCCAUCCUUGUUGCAAUUAUAUAUAUUUUGAACCACUACAAUGGCUCUCACCAUUUAUUGAACAUGUGUAUUUAUGACUGAACGAAACUGUCAAGUGUUUCUACCUCUGGUAUUGGUAGUCAGUUAUUGUUAGUCAGUAUUUAUUUGUUUUGGACGCUGUUCUAUGUGACGUGUCAACAGAAUCUAAAGCUGCCAAUCUGUACAGCUACCUACCAGCUGAGUUGUUUCUGUUCCACAACGCCAUAUAAUACACUCCUCCAUUCAGGUGCUACAAACUGACCCAGGCUCUGUUUGAGAUCUAUAAUAAUACAGCCUUCCUUCCUGAAAGGAAAGAUCAGACAUGAUUGGGUUUGUGACAACUCUUCAAAGGACCAUGUUUCUUCUUCACAAAUCCAAUGAUGUUAGAGAUUAUCUAGGAAAGGGGAAAUGGGAGGGUGUAUUUAUAAAGAAUUUAAUCUGAGCCAGAUAUCGGUUCCCCUUCCCUGUUUAUAACCUCCAUUGCUCAGAUCUGCUGCCCCUUCAGCAGCUUGUCGUGAGUUUUGGCCCUCCUUCCAUGACUAGGCUCCUGCCGUGUGCUUGGCUGCAGACACAGGUUUUCUGGUUGUAGUGUCGUACAAUGCACAAUAUUUGAAGGAAACAUGGCUGUGUAAAUAAAACAAUGUAUCAAGGGUACACAUUCCAAGAAUGUCAAAGUGAAGUCUCAACAACAAAAAAUGACAUGAACAUGGUGUGGUAGAUGUUGUACUUGGUCAUGUACAGAUUAUACUAGCCUGUUUGUAGACAUGAAGAAUAUUGUGUGCUUUGCUCUUAGUUUCACACAGGAGUGGGAGAUUGAGGUCCUUAGCCCUGUCAACUCCAGAACUAGUUGGACAUUAAUGAAAGUCAUGUUCUCUAGACCUUGUGGUUAUCCUGGAUAUACAAUGUUUUUUCUGUGACUAAAAACAAAACAAAUAAAUGUCUUAAACAAC